ACAGCACAGACAGAACGGCAGAACGCCAUGGAGAUAGAGCAAAGGGCAUAGACCAGCACAAAAGCAGAGAGAUAAGGGCAAAGUGUCUGCUAGUCUGCUGCCUGGUCCUGGUUUGUUGGGGUUUUCAAAACAACCGUGAAGCCACGUACUUUUGUAAUGUGAGUUACGAGUAGAAAUAAAAUCAAUAAACUGCAUAAUAUAUAAUUCAAUAAUGGUAAAGGUAUGCUGAGGUAAAAACAUGAUGGAAUUCACAUUAGUGCUAACCAAUAGGUACAGGAUGCAUAGUUUUUAGCAGUUUCCCAAAAAUUGCACUAGUCAAUUGUAUGCAAUCAUCUGAGAAAGCCCAGAAAACAACACAAACAAAUACGAAAGAAAAGUGUUUGAAUCGGAAACAUUGUUUGAUAACAGCAAGCAAAAGGAACAAAAUGUUGGCCAUUCAAAAGCUAAUGUUCUUGCCAGUUGUGGUACUAUUCAUCAACCUUUUCAUCUCAGGGUUGGUAAUCAACUUGAUACAACUUUUGCUGUGGGUUUGUGUAAGACCAGGGAGUCGAUGGUUAUACCAAAAAGUAAACUAUUAUCUGCUCUACAUUUUGUGGACUCAAAUUGUUUUUAUUGGUGAGUGGUGGUCAUCUUCCACAUGUGCAAUUUUAACAGAUGAUGAAACUUGGUCUAAAAUGGGAAAAGAGCAUGCAAUUGUAAUUAUGAAUCAUUCCUUUGAGGUUGAUUGGCUCAUGGGAUGGCUGGUUUGUGAACAGUCUAGGUUACUGGCGAGCUCCAAAGUUUUUAUUAAAAAAUCUAUUAAAUGGAUACCUAUCAUUGGCUGGGCAUGGCAGUUUGGUGAAGCAGUCUUCCUUGAGCGCAACUGGGAAAAAGACAAGUUGAUCAUGGGGAAGCAAGUAAAAAAUCUAGGAGAAUAUGCCGAUCCCGUCUGGCUUCUACUUUUUGCGGAAGGAACAAGAUUUACUCCUGCCAAACACGCUGCUUCUGUUGAGUUUGCUCACAAAUCUGGUCUUCAACCAUUGCAACAUCUGCUCCUACCAAGAACCAAGGGAUUCCUGUUGACGGUAGAAAUGCUAGAAACAUUUACUUCCUAUAUUUUUUUUUGCCGUAUUCACUAUGUAUUCACAUAUGUAUUCACUACCGCAAACUGUUUUAAAAUGGCUAAAAUUCAGGUCCAAAAUUUGAGAGGGCGUUUUCCUGCCAUAUACUGUGCUACUCUUGCAUUUAAUUGCAAGGAAGGCUCUACACCUACUCUAAAAAACAUGUUGCUUGGCCGCCGAGUAAUAGGUGAAAUGCUACUUGAAAGGAUUCCUUUAGAAACUAUCCCUGAAAACCCAGAUGAAGCUUCCAAAUGGCUUUAUAACAAUUAUCGCCAUAAGGAUCAUAUGUUAGAUGUCUACAAGAGAGAGGGGUCAUUUCCUUCGUCGGACUUAAUUGGAGAGCAUCAUCACUUUCGUGGGCCCAUACGAAGUCAUUACCGUCCAAGACGAUUGUGGUCUGUUAUCAUUAUGUUGACUACGUCGUACUUCACACUGCCUCCAGUGCUCUAUGCUCUGUAUGCCCUAUUCUGCUCCGGAUUUAUCAACGUACUGAUUGCCGUCUCGUUAGUUCUUGCAGUGAUGUAUGCACUGUAUAAAUUGGUGGCUCUAACUCGAGUCAGCAAGGGUUCAUCAUACGGACGCUCUGACGCUGAAAAGAAGACAUAUUAGCUUGACAGACUUCCAUUACUAUUCUCAUUGGAAGAUGGAAGACGUUUAGAACUGUACCGUGUGGUUAUAGAGUACCUCUGAUGUCGAGAUGAUGUUGCUACUUUUAGUGAUUUUGGGAGAUGCAAAACCAAAACGUUUCUUUUUACAAUAGUAAGAUUACUAUUUUUCAAGUCAGGUGAAGAAAAUCAGCAAGUGUUUCAUUUUAGCCAGUUUCGGGUAUCAUUUGUGUAUUUUCAAAAUUGUCUCUUGUACGGUUAAUAUUUUUACGGUAAUAACUAGUGUAGGAAAUUUGUGGACAGCACUGGACACAAAACGGGAAACGUGAAAUUAAUUAUUACACAACUGCAAAUUCCCUGUAGGGAAUAACAGCGAUAGGAAGACACAGAAGUCUGAAUCAGAAAUGAUUUGCCCGAAACUUAGAUUUUAUAUUUUAUCAUUUUAGGUUAUUCUUGAAUUUCCCAGUGCAGGGUUAUCCAUUCAGAAAUGGGUAGAAUUAAAGCGAAAGAUACACAUUUUUCUUUGUAUUUUGGUACAAAUUUUAAAUAUUUAAUUCAGGAAUGAUUGCAAUAAUGAAUUAUGUUACAGUAUGGUUGUAGUAUACGUUUGAAAAGUAACUGUGCGCUUGCCGUCAAAUAGUGCCGUCAAUAAGCCCAUUGUAAAUUUUCCAGUCAAAGUGUCAAACUUUAAACAUUAUUUCGUCUCGUCUCGUCAUUUAUACUUCCCAUUUAGUCCAAUUUUUAAUGACUGGUACUUUUCUCAUAACAAUGAAAAUUUGUAAUCUUCUGGGCUAAUCGACCGAUCGACGUGAUCUAGUCCUUUUCACUUUUUCAGCGCAUACAGCCCGAAAUUAUGUUGUUGAUUUAAAAAAAUCAAAUUAGCAAUUGUUUCCAUAAUAUUUUCUCUAUAAUGUAGCCUACUUUAUUCCCAUUAGGUUACUAUACAAGGGAUUUUCUUUUAGUCUA